CCCAUGUUUUUGGGGAAAAUGAUUAGUUAUUUUGAAAACUAUGAUCCCAAUGAUUCUGCUGCUUUGCAUGAAGCCUACGGCUACGCGGCAGGGCUGAGCACCUGCGUGCUCGUGUGGGCCGUUCUGCACCACGUGUACUUCUAUCACAUUCAGCGUGUGGGGAUGAGGCUGAGAGUAGCCGUGUGCCACAUGAUCUACCGCAAGUCACUUCGCCUGAGUAGCUCGGCCAUGGGGAAGACCACCACAGGCCAGAUAGUCAACCUGCUGUCCAACGAUGUGAGCAGGUUUGACCAGGUAACCAUGUUCCUGCACUAUCUGUGGGUAGGGCCACUGCAGGCUAUCGCAGUGACUGCUCUGCUCUGGAUGGAAAUAGGAAUGUCGUGUCUUGCUGGGAUGGCGGUUCUCAUUAUUCUUCUGCUUUUUCAAAGCUGCUUCGGGAUAUUGUUUUCAUCACUCCGGAGUGAGACCGCAGCUCUCACAGACGACAGGAUCAGUACCAUGAGUGAGGUUAUAAGUGGCAUCAAAGCAAUAAAAAUGAAUGCUUGGGAAAAGUCAUUUAUAGACCUUAUUUCCACACUGAGAAGGAAGGAAAUUUCCAAGAUUCUGAAAAGUUCCUACCUUAGAGGAAUGAAUUUAGCAUCAUUUUUCACUGUCAGCAAAAUUAUGAUUUUUGUCACCUUCAUCACCAAUGAUCUCCUUGACAACCGGAUCACAGCCAGCCAAGUGUUUGUAGUGGUGACACUGUUUGAAGCUCUGCGGUUUUCAAGUACCUUGUACUUCCCCAUGGCUGUCGAGAAGAUGUCAGAGGCCAUUGUCAGCAUCCAAAGAAUCAAGAACUUCCUAUUACUUGAUGAGAUACCACAGCUCAACCCUCAGCUGCCAUCAGAUGGUGAAACGAUAGUGGAAGUGAAUUAUUUCACUGCUUCUUGGGAUAAGGAAUCAGGAAUCCCAACCCUACAAGACCUUUUCUUUACUGCCAGACCCGGUGAACUGUUAGCUGUGGUUGGACCUGUGGGUGCAGGAAAGUCGUCACUGUUACGUGCUGUGCUGGGGGAGCUGCCCCCGAGCCAGGGGCAGGUCAGCGUGCACGGGAGGAUCGCAUAUGUUUCUCAGCAGCCCUGGGUGUUCUCAGGAACUGUGAGGAGUAACAUUUUAUUUGGGAAGAAAUAUGAAGAAGACCGAUAUGAAGAAGUAAUAAAGGCUUGUGCUUUGGGAGAGGACUUACAGCUUCUGGAGGAUGGAGAUCAAACUGUGAUAGGAGAAAGAGGAACCCCGCUGAGUGAAGGACAGAAAGCCCGGGUCAGCCUCGCCAGAGCCAUGUAUCAGGAUGCAGACAUCUACCUCCUGGAUGAUCCAUUCAGUGCAGUGGAUGUAGGAGUCAGCAGGCACUUGUUUGAACAGUGUAUCUGUCAAACCUUGAGGGAGAAGAUCACAAUCUUAGUGACUCAUCAGUGGCAAUACCUAAAAGUUGCAAGUUGGAUUCUGAUAUUGAAAGGUGGCAAAAUAGUACAACGUGGGACUUACCUUGGGCUCCUGAAAUCUGGGGUAGAUUUUGGUUUCCUUUUAAAGAGGGAUGAGGAUGAACCAUCUCCAGAUCUGGAAUCUUCUACCCUGAAGAAUCGGUCCAGAUCCUUGAUGAGAGGUGCUGCUCCAGAGCUUCAAGAUACUGAGAAUAUCUCUGUCACGCUACCUCUAGAGGACCAUGUGGAGGGAAAAGUUGGUUUUAAGACCUACAAUGAUUACUUCACAGCUGGCACUCACUGGUUUAUCAUCAUCUUCCUUAUUCUAGUAAACAUCGCCGCUCAGGUUGCCUACGCCCUGCAGGACUGGUGGCUUCAGGAUUGGGCAAAUUUACAAAAUGCCCUGUAUUUGGGGGCAUAUGGAAAAGAAGAGAUAAUUGUGAUACUCAGUCUGAACUGGUACUUAGGAGUCUAUUCAGGUUUAACUGUAUCUACCAUCCUUUUGGGCAUCACAAGGUCUCUGUUGAUAUUCUACAUCCUUGUUAAGUCUUCACAAACUUUGCACAACAAAAUGCUGUGGUCCAUCUUGAGAGCUCCAGUAUUGUUCUUCUAUAGAAAUCCAAUAGGGAGAAUUUUAAAUCGUUUCUCGAAAGACAUUGGGCAUAUGGAUGACUUGCUGCCCCUGAUAUUUCAAGAUUUCAUCCAGAACUUUCUGUCACUUGAUGAGAUGUCACAGUGUUACCCUCAGCUGCCAUCAGAUGGUGAAAUGAUAGUGGACGUGCAAGAUUUAACAGCUUUUUGGGAAAAGGCAUCAGAGACCCCAACCCUACGAGGCCUCUCCUUUACUGUCAGACCUGGUGAACUGUUAGGUGUGGUCGGACCUGUGGGAGCAGGAAAGACGUCACUGUUAAGCGCUCUGCUGGGGGAGCUGCCCCCGAGCCAGGGGACGGUCAGCGUGCACGGGAGGAUCGCGUAUGUUUCUCAGCAGCCCUGGGUGUUUCCAGGAACUGUGAGGAGUAACAUUUUAUUUGGGAAGAAAUAUAAAGAAGACAGAUAUGAAGAAAUAAUAAGGGCUUGUGCUUUGGAAGAGGAUUUACAACUUUUGGAGGAAGGAGAUCUAACUGAGAUAGGAGACCAGGGAACUCCGCUGAGUGAAGGACAAAAAGCCCGGAUCAGUCUUGCAAGAGCCGUUUAUCAGGAUGCAGACAUCUACCUCCUGGAUGAUCCGCUAAGUGCAGUGGAUGCAGGAGUCAGCAGGCACUUGUUCGAACAGUGUAUUUGUCAAUCCUUGAAGGAGAAGAUCACAAUCUUAGUGACUCAUCAGCUGCAGUACCUAAAGGAUGCAAGUCAGAUUCUGAUACUGAAAGAUGGCAAGAUUAUACAAAGGGGGAACUUUUUUGAGUUUCCAAAAUCUGGGUUAGAUUUUGAAGAUAUUGUUUUAAAGAAGGAGAAUGAGGAGGCUGAACCAUCUCCAGGUCCACGAACUCCCAGUCUGAGGAUUCAGACCUCCUCUGAGUCUUCAGUUCCAUCUCAGCAGUCUUCCAGACCCACCUUGAAAGAUGCUGCUCCUGAGGACCAAGAUACUGAGAAUAUACAGGUUACACUACCUCUGGAGGACCAUUUGGAAGGAAAAGUUGGUUUUAAGACCUAUAAGAAUUACUUCACAGCUGGUGCUGACUGGCCUGUCAUCAUCUUCCUUAUUCUAGUAAACAUUGCAGCUCAGGUCGCCUACGCCCUGCAGGACUGGUGGCUUACAUUCUGGGCAAAUGUACAAAGUGACCUGUAUUUUGGGGGAUAUGUAAAAGAAGAUGAAGAUGUAGUAUACAUUCUGAACUGGUACUUCAGAGUUUAUUCAGGGUUAACUGUGUCUACUGUCCUUUUUGGUAUCACAAGGUCUCUGUUGAUAUUCUAUAUCCUGGUUAAUUCUUCACAAGCUUUGCACAACAAAAUGUUGAAGUCCAUUUUAAGAGCUCCAGUAUUGUUCUUCCAUAGAAAUCCAGUAGGAAGAAUUUUGAAUCGUUUCUCCAAAGACAUUGGGCAUAUGGAUGAUUUGCUGCCCCUGACAUUUCUUGAUUUCAUCCAGACAUUUCCACUUGUGAUUGGUGUGGUGGGCGUGAUGGUGGCUGCAGUUCCUUGGACUGCUAUUCCUGUGAUUCCCCUUGGCAUCGUUUUCUUUGUUCUUCGGUGGUAUUUCUUAGAGACGUCACGAGAUGUGAAACGCCUGGAAUGUACAACACGGAGCCCGGUGUUUUCCCACUUAGCAUCUUCUCUCCGGGGACUCUGGACCAUCCGGGCGUACAAAGCUGAACAGAAGUUUCAGGAACUGUUUGAUGCACACCAGGAUUUGCACUCAGAGGCUUGGUUCCUGCUUUUGACGACGUCCCGAUGGCUCGCUGUGUAUCUAGAUGUCAUCUCUGCCAUCUUUGUCACUGUUGUUGCCUUUGGGACCCUGAUCCUGGUAGAAACUUUGGAUGCUGGGCAUGUUGGCCUGGUCCUGUCACUCACCAUCACACUUACCAGGAUGUUCCAGUGGUGCGUCAGGCAAAGUGUGGAAGUUGAGAACAUGAUGAUUUCAGUAGAAAGGGGGAUUGAAUACACAGACCUUGUGAAAGAAGAACCCUGGGAACUCGAGUCUCGUCCACUGCCAUCCUGGCCCUAUGGAGGAGAGAUUUACUUUAACAAUGUGAACUUCAGGCAUAAGUCGGACGGGCCUCUGAUAUUGAGGAAUGUGUAUGCAGCCUUUUACCCAGGACUAAAGUGUGGCAUCGUGGGAAGAACAGGAACUGGAAAAAGUUCCCUCAUCGCUGCUCUUUUUAGAUUGUCAGAACCCGAAGGUGGCAUUCAGAUUGAUCGGAUCUGGACAACCAACAUUGGACUUCAUGAUUUAAGGAAGAAACUGUCAGUUGCACCUCAGGAACCUGUUUUAUUCACUGGAACAGUGAGGAAAAAUCUGGAUCCCUUUAAUGAGCAUAUGGAUGAGGAACUAUGGAAUGCCUUAGAAGAGGUACAACUUAAAGAAUCCAUCGAAGGUCUUCCUGCUAAAAUGAAUACUGAAUUAGCAGAAUCUGGAUUGAACUUGAGUGUUGGUCAGAAACAACUGGUGUGCCUUGCCAGGGCUAUUCUCAGGAAAAAUCAGAUAUUGAUUAUUGACAAAGCUACAUCAUAUGUGGAUCCAAGAACUGAUGAGUUAAUACAAAAAAACAUUCGUGAGAAAUUUUCCCAGUGCACUGUGCUGACCAUCACCCACAGGUUGAGCACCGUUAUUGACAGCGAAUGGAUAAUGGUUUGGGAUUCAGGGAGACUGGAUGAUUAUGAUGAGCCAUAUACCAUGUUGCAAGAAAGAGAUGGCCUGUUUUACAAGAUGGUGCAACAACUGGGUGAAGCUGAGGCCACUGCUCUCACUGAAAGGGCAAAACAGGUGCACCUCUAAAGAUAUCGCUCAUGGUGAGCAUGUGAUUAUGAACGCUUACAGUGGACAGCCUUCAGCCUUAACAAUUUUUGAGUCAACACCGUGAUUCUACCAUGAGGUCAAGUCUAUCCCAAAGUCAUCUUUCCAAUAGGUUUUACACUGUAUAAACUAUGUUGUACUUUUUUUUAUACCAACAAGUAUUUUUACACACAAGAUGUUAGUUUAUCUUUUUUCCUCCAACUUCACCAACUGAUUCCAAGCUCUUACAAAAUGAUUUAUUAUUUUUAUUUCUAUGUUAUACUAUUUUCUUAUCCAAAUCAGAGGUUCAGGCCACAAGUAAAAGCUGUCUACCAGGUUUUCUGCCUUGAGAGACUCCAGAGCCAAAGCUCAUUUUCUAAUGUGCAAGACAAAGUUGUCACAGAUGUUUUUUUUUUUUUUUUUAUAUAUUGUUCCCCAAAUUACCUACUACUUUCCAGUCAUGUCAGGGCUUCAACUUACUUGAAGACUAGUGUGAAGUAGCUGUUUUGUGUCACCACUUCCUUUAAUAUAACUAAAAUUCAUUACUCUACCCAACGAUCUCUACUUAAAACACUACAGAGUAAACUAAUAAGAAAAAGAAAAAUAUAUUGUAGUUUAAGUUAAUUAUGGGAGAGGAAGGUGUCUCCCGCUCCAAAAAAAUAAAAAUGAUACAUGGUUAAAAUAUAGAAGGACAAUAUUAUGUGUUCUAAAAGAGAAGAAAGAGAAAAUAUGCUUUCUCAAAAUAGAAGCCCUUCUAGGGGAUUUGAGAAUGAAGGACACAUGUGUGAUCUAUUGUCUUCUAGAUAGAGAGUUUUAUUUUAUUUUUUAAAUUUUUUUAUUGUGGUAAAAUGUGUAACAUAAAAUUUGCCAUAAAGUCACUUUUUUUUUUCAUAAAGUCACUUUUAAGCAUACAGUUCAGUGAUGUUAAUCCCAUUCACAGUGUUGUGCAGCCAUCAAUGUUUACUUUAUUUUUGGUAAUUAUGUUAGUACUGUUCAUUUUGUUAUUUGUACAGAGUCAUUUUUGGUAAGUUUUAUUUCUCUAGAGGUGGAUCUAUUUCCUAUGAGUUUUGAACUUAACUGGCAUAAAGUUACUCCCUGUAUCUAUAUCUUAUAUGUUUAAACUCUGCAGCAUCUAUAAUUGUGUUCCUUUUUUUUCUUUUUAAUUUUCUUUUGAGCCUUUUUUAAAAUGAGUAAUCUUACAUGACUUUUUCCUAUUUUAAAGAAUCACAAUUUUUGCUGAAUUGAUAUUUCCUGUUUUCUUUUCUACGUCAUAUUAUUCUGUCUUUCCUUCAACUUUUCAUUUAUUUGAGAUUUAUUUCCUAAAAUUCUUAAAUUGGAAAUUUAGAUUAACUUUUAACUUAAUCAUUUUUUUAGUGUAAGUACAUUAGCUACUUUUUCUUUUUUUACCCUAAGGCCCACUUAACAAUAACCCACAAGUUUGGAUACUAGCACUGAUCAAUAACCAUACCAUUAAGUAUUUUCUAAUAUCUAAUUGAAUUCAUUAUUUAUAUAUUUUACCCAUGAGUUAUUCAUAAGGGUAAUAUUCUCUAAAUUUCAAAUGCUAAUGGAUUUUUUUCUAUUAGACUAAACCAUGGGUAACCACUAACUUUUAAGCUUUUUUUCACCUAUAUAAUAACAGUUUAAUAUGGUUCAAAAUAAUAGUUUUCUUUUGUUAUUAACAUAUAACAAUUUCAACAUUUGAAUUAGUCAGACAACAUUCAAUUGAGGAUUUUAAACUAAAGGUAACCAUGUUUACAUACAAAGUUCCUGUUUGCACCACUUGUAUUUUAUUUGGGAAAAUUUAAAAGUGUUAAAAAGUAUGUGUAUAAUCAGUAAAGU